GGGCACAGGCAGGAGGCACCCGACCCCUGGUGGCAGCAGCAGCAGGCAGCUGGGUGUGCGUGGGUGGCAGCAAGGAGGGGCGAAGGGAGGAAGCUGGCUUCCUGAAGCCUUCUCAGCCCUCAAAGACAGACUGACAGACAGACAGACAGCUGGCAAGCAGCAGCCUGGGGGACACAGCUGCUUCAGUGGACCUCAUGGCUGAGUGAGCCUCCCCUGGGUCCAGCACCCCACCCCAGCAUGAUCCAGACCUGCAGGGGGCACUCCAGAACACAGUCUUCGACCUUGUCUUUGGGGACAACCAUGACCCAGCCUCCACCCACCAAAGCACCAGCCAAGAAGCAUGUGCGGCUGCAGGAGAGGCGGGGCUCCAAUGUGGCUCUGAUGCUGGAUGUGCGGUCCCUGGGGGCUGUGGAGCCCAUCUGCUCAGUGAACACACCCCGGGAGGUCACGCUGCACUUUCUGCGCACAGCUGGACACCCCCUUACCCGCUGGGCCCUGCAGCACCAGCCUCCCAGCCCCAAGCAGCUGGAGGAGGAAUUCUUGAAGAUCCCCUCAAACUUUGUCAACCCCGAAGACCUGGAUAUCCCUGGCCAUGCCUCCAAGGACCGAUACAAGACCAUUUUACCAAAUCCCCAGAGCCGUGUCUGUCUCGGUCGGGCACAGAGCCAGGAGGACGGAGACUACAUCAAUGCCAACUACAUCCGAGGCUUUGACGGACAGGAAAAGGUCUACAUCGCAACCCAGGGCCCCAUGCCCAACACUGUGUCUGACUUCUGGGAGAUGGUGUGGCAAGAACAUGUGUCCCUCAUUGUCAUGCUCACUCAACUCCGAGAGGGCAAGGAGAAAUGUGUCCACUACUGGCCCACAGAAGAGGAAACCUACGGACCCUUCCAGAUCUGCAUCCAGGACAUGAAAGAGAGCCCAGAAUACACUGUGCGGCAGCUCACCAUCCAGCACCAGGAGGAGUGCCGGUCAGUGAAGCAUGUCCUCUUUUCAGCCUGGCCCGACCACCAGACCCCAGAAUCAGCUGGGCCCCUGCUACGCCUGGUGGCUGAGGUAGAGGACAGCCCAGAGACAGCUGUCAACACUGGGCCCAUCGUGGUCCAUUGCAGUGCAGGGAUUGGUCGCACUGGCUGCUUCAUCGCCACUCGAAUUGGCUGUCAACAGCUGAAGGCCCGAGGGGAAGUGGACAUCCUGGGCAUCGUGUGCCAACUACGGCUAGACAGAGGGGGAAUGAUCCAGACUGCGGAGCAAUACCAGUUCCUACACCACACUUUGGCCCUGUAUGCAGCCCAGCUGCCUGAAGACCCCAGCCCCUGA